GUUAUUCUGUGAACAAAUCUUGACAAGUAACAAGCUAUGGAAAAAAUUGAGGGAAUUUACAAUGGGCAGUGGUAUGUGGUGUGUGAUUUGAACAAAGCUCUUGAGGAACUGGUCAAAAUUCUCAAUGUCAUGAAAAAAGCUGUUAAAUUUAUUACUGUCCAAGCAGAAGAAGGAAAUUUGUCGAAUGAGGGCCUUGCAAAGAUGGUCAUUACUUUGACUUUUACAAUGACGCGCAUCGAGGAUAAUGCCAACAAACUUGUGCAGUUUAUGCGGCAGUUGAUUCUAACAUUUGACAAAGUCAUUCUUCUGAUGCAUAACAACUUAAAGGCUGAACAUGAAGCUGUCAAAGAUAUGCUGAAUAAGAUUGUACAGCCAUACAACCAUCAACUGAGUGAUACCACCAAACAUCUGGUCAAGAAGAAAAAAACAAAGUCAGAACAUUGUUAAUUCCAGCAUAAGAAUCUGAUUUAAUGUAACUUUUAAACCUAUUUUAGGUUGAAACUUGGGGGCAUCUUUUUGAGUUUGAUGAUUAAAACAAUAUCAUCACAUUUUUAUGAUAAUUUGAAUUAAGUCUCUUUGCCAUGUUAUACAUGUACAUGUGCUGUAGUUCAUUGAAAGUUUGCUUUAAUCUGUAAAAUUUUUGAAGUUUAACACUGUAGGUUUUUGCUAUCAAUUUUUCCUUUGUCAAUAUGAACUACAUGUCUAAAGUUAAUGUUCAUGAUUGAGCUGUGAUUUUGUAACCUUUUUAAUUUUAACUGCCAUGGAUAAAUGAAGAAAUUUUUCAGAAUGCAACAGCUGCAGCAUGGUUACAAAUGGGUGCCUUUGAUGAUUCUUCUGAAAGACAAUACACUAAGAAUAAAUGAUUUUAAACACAUUCCCAAGCCAUUGUGACGGAUGUUCUUUUUGCAAAGUAAGAAAGCCACUUUGAGAAAAGAAUUCUGUUGGAAAAUGACGAAUCAUUUAUACAAUGCAAUUAAGAAGUGGCAAUAGUGUGUAAUAGUAUAUCAGCUGAGGAAGGUUGGUUUGAACAGAGAUUGAAACAAACAAUUUUAGUUGUCAUUGCAGCAGUGGGGAUUAAGUAUUCUUAGUGCUAUUACAUUGUAGCUCAUUAUUUAAAAUAGUAAACUGUCAUCAAGAGAAAAACUGAAGGCUGGACUAGUUCAUACAUACCAAUUAGACAGAUUUGUCUAGCUUAUGGGUGCACAUGCAAAAUUUUGACAUGCAUGUUUUUUUAUUCACACUUGUAUGCAAUUUUUGGUGCGCUUUAUAUGUUUUUUGGUUAACGUAUAUCUGAGGGGUACUGUAAGUUUCUAAAGAAACUGUGCUGCUGCAUCAGUG